CUGAAGCAGUCAGUGAGUGAAAUAGGAGUGGAAAUAACACUAAGUAGUCAAAAAGUAGACUACGAUACUAAAUGCGUUUGCUGAGUUUCUGAAUCUCUAGGAUGCCACUCCUGGGUUAUACGGCUCUGCUGUUAUGUUGGAUGUAUUGUAGUGCAGAAAGAGCUUGUGAAGAACCUCCUCCUAGGAGGGUUAAAGAAGUGCCUACUGACCUAUGGAACAAACCUCCCUAUCCACAUGGUACUCAAGUAACAUACAGAUGUCGCCCUGGAUACAUAAAAAUUGGCCGAAUUGUGUUUGAGUGUGCUGAUGGAGCAUGGACACAAAGCCUCCCAGAGGCAGAAUGCAGAAAUAAGCCCUGUGGACAUCCUGGUGAUAUUGAGUUUGGUUCCUUUGAACUUACCAGUGGAAGUGAAUUUGUAUUUGGUGCCAGAGUUGAGUACAGUUGUAAUGAUGGAUACCAGAUGCUCAGCCAAAGAAAUUACCGUGAGUGUCAGGCAGAUGGAUGGAGCAAUGACAUCCCUCACUGUGAAGUGGCAAAGUGUUUACCUGUACAAGCACCAGAAAAUGGAAGAAUAAUUGUGACUGGUGCAUUUGAGCUAGGACAAGAAUAUUCUUUUGGCCAGGUCAUACAUUUUGAAUGUAAGGCAAAAUACAGGCUUAUUGGAUCUAAAGAAAUAAUUUGCUCUUCUAAUGGAAAAUGGAGUAGUGAUGUACCUCAGUGCCAAGAGAUUAUCUGUGAUGUGCCAAAAAUUGAGCAUGGAUAUGUACGUUCUCCAAAAAAGUCUUACAAAGGUUCUGAACAACUACUGUUUGGCUGUGAUGAGGGAUACGGAUAUCGUGAAAGUGCAAAUGUACAAUGUACUGAAUCGGGAUGGAAUCCAACACCCUACUGUACUGAAAUCGUAUGCUCUGCUCCAAGAAUUCCCAAUGGGAGCUUUAGACCUGAAAAAGGGAGAUACGUAGCAGGUGAUAUAAUUACAAUACAGUGUCAUCCUGGAUAUCAUUUUAAAACACUGACUGGCAAAACCACAGCUGAAUGCACCAAGAAUGGCUGGGUGCCUGACCCAGGAUGUGUCCAGAAACCAUGUGACUACCCAGUCAUAGAAAAUGGCAGGUUAAGUGGAAGUCUGGAGUACUACAGAAACCACUACUUUCCAAUGAGAUUUGGGCAGUAUGCUCUUUACCGCUGCAAUACGGGUUAUUCAUCUCCAAAAGGAGAAAACUGGGUUGAAAUUAUCUGUUCUGAAAUGGGCUGGACGCCAGAGCCAAAAUGCCUCAAAAACUGUGAAGUCAAACACCUGGAAAAUGGUUAUUUCUUAUAUAGCCGCAAAUAUGUUUACAAGGAAGGUGAAAGAGUUAAAUAUGUAUGCAACACUGACUAUCAAACUGAACAUGAAGAUGGGGAAGUCACAUGCACAAAGGAUGAUUGGUCACCUCCUCCAAGAUGUAUCCGUAAAAAAAAAUGCCAGAAUAUCCGUUUUGACAAUGGUUAUUUCACCUCGGGAAAGAACACAUUUAAUUUACAGGAGGAGGUCACCUAUCGUUGUCAUACUGGCUUUGUAACUGCAGAAGGACAAGAAACAGGAGUGAUACAAUGUCAAGAGAAUGGCUGGACUCCACCUCCAAAGUGCAUCAAAUCGUGUAAAAAACCUCAUUGGGAGAUAUUGAAUUACCAUGCAAAUAAAACUAUGUUCAUGCCUGAAGAUACAAUUGAGUAUGCAUGCUUGGAGGGAUAUCAAACUGCAAAUAAUAUGCCAACUGCUACCACAAGGUGUGGCAUAAACGGUGAAUGGAGUCCAACGCCCCAAUGUCUUGCAAUAGAAUGUGAAAUGCUGACAUUGCCCAAUGGAGAUUUUUCUCCCAAGGAGGGUAAAUACCGCAAUGGAGAUGUUGUGAAAUUCACCUGUGCAAAAAAUUACAUGAGAGUGGGACCCGCCUCUACUCAGUGCUAUUACUUUGGAUGGUUUCCAUCACCACCAGUGUGUAAAGUGAAUGCCAGAGGCUGUGGACCUCCACCUGAGAUUACCAACGGAAGUGUUGCUGGCGGCUCUGUGGAACGAUAUCAGCAUGGGGAUAGAAAGCAAUAUGAAUGCAACAUUGAAUUUAAAUUGAUUGGAUCAAAGGAAAUAGAAUGUGUUGAUGGACAAUGGUCACCUUCUCCCUCUUGCAUUGAAGACAAAAUGCCAUGUGGAUCACCUUCCUCUAUUCCAAAUGUUGUUCUUCAUCAGGAAGACCAGACUGAGUUUUUGCAUGGUGAUGAAGUAGUUUGUGGAUGUAAACAAGACUCUAGCAAUUCUAGGAAAAUGAAAAUAAAAUGCCUUAAUGGGGAAUGGAAGCCUUUACCUCUGUGUGCUGAUCCAUCUCCUCAGUGUGUGCUUCCAACACACGUUAGGCUAAUGCGCAAUGCUCGUCUUCCCAAGACAAAAAAGGAGGGGUUCCAUGGAGUUAUAUAUUAUAAAUGUACAUCAGCUGAUAAAAUUGUUAAAGAGGCAGCUUGUGUGUCUGGAAAAUGGUCACCAGAUAUUGAAUGCACAGCUGACGAGACUACAUGCCCACCUCCGCCUCAGGUUCCUGGUGCUCAACAGAUAACAGUUGGAAGAAAUUACAAGCAUGGGAGUAAAAUAACAUUUUCAUGUCUGGAGAGUUUCCAGCUCAUCGGUGUGAAUGAAAUAACGUGUAUAGAAGGGAAAUGGCAAUCGCCACCUCACUGUCUGGAAAGACCAUGUUUGCCACCUCAACCUCUAGAAUGUGCUGAUGUCCCCAGGCUGGAAAAUCAAAACUUAAAAAUUGAAAAAGAAGGGAAAACGAUUUAUCUGGCUGGUGCUAGACUUAAGUAUGUUCCUCAUCCUGGAUACAAGUUAAAUGGCCCACCAGAAAUAACUUGCUCUAUGGGAAACUGGACUUCAGCUCCUACAUGCCUGGAAAUGCCGUGUGGAAGUUUUCCAAAAGUUGCCAAUGCUCAGUUUGAAGGUAGAAAGAAGAAAAUUUAUGAGCCCGGUGAAACAAUUCGCUACCAGUGUGAUGCAGGGUUCCUGACUAUUGGUGUCCCUGAAAUCAUUUGCAGAGAAGGAAAUUGGACAACACCACCCUACUGUGAAGAUGCCACCUGUGGAGCUGCACCUGAAAUUCCCAAUGCUCAUAUUACUAGUGCUCAACAGGAGAGAUAUCUGCCCGGUGCUCGAGUGCAGUAUGAAUGUGAAAAGAAUUUUCAGAUGAUAGGUGGAAAUUAUGUCACUUGUACAAAUGGAGAAUGGUCACAAGCACCGCUGUGCAGAGAUGUGACAUGUGAACCUCCUCCAGAAAUUCCUGGUGGCAAAGUUCAAGGUGUUAAAAAGUCACGGUAUUUGCCUGGGGAGAAUGCUCGCUAUCAGUGCUGGCAAGGUUUUGAGAUGACUGGAGAUCCCACCAUAGCAUGUCAGCAUGGGACCUGGACAGAGCGGCCAAAGUGCAAAGGGAAAGGUGGGAAAUGUGGGCCACCUCCAGUUAUUGAAAAUGGAGACCUCCUUUCCUUCCCCAUGCGAGAAUAUGCCCAAGGUGCAGUGGUCAAAUACAAAUGCCCAAAUCUCUACGUCCUGGAAGGAUCUGAGAGUAUUACCUGUACUGACGGGCAGUGGACAAACCCCCCAGUUUGCCUCGUGGCCUGUACAGCAUCUGAAGAAGACAUGGACAGAAACAGUGUUGAGUUGAAAUGGAUCUUCAGAAAAAAGCUGUAUUCCAGAUCGGGCGACUUUAUUGAGUUUUGCUGUAAAAGAGGAUAUGUGUCAGACCCAGCAUCUCCCCCCUUCCGAGUACAGUGUGUAGAGGGGAAACUGGAAUAUCCACGAUGCAAGCCAGGCAAGAAUUGUACCAUAGAUGAGGAGAGUUUGGAAAGCAACAAGAUUCAACUACAGUCUUCAAGUUCAUUGAGGACCUAUCUUUCUGGGGAUUAUAUUUUGUUUGAAUGCAAAUGGUGGCACCGGCAAACGUCACGCCCUGAGACAUUCAGAGCAGCGUGCAUGGAUGGAGUGAUUAAGUAUCCUACGUGUGAACCAAGAUUUGGAUAAAUGGAAACGGCAUGAAGGAGCCCAGCUCUGGAAAUGAAAGAUCUCUCAACCAACCCACAGAUUUGAGCUCAGUUUUGCCUGAAGUUUCCUGUUUCGCUGUGCUCUGUUUGCAGCGUAGCCAAUGUUCUGUCUUGGAAUUUGAUUCUUCUUAAUCUUUUAUUGUUGGAUAAUUAUGUUUUCAUUUUUUAUACAAUUUUAUGCCGUUUUAACAUUUUGUUAAUAUGUUUACAUUUUAUCCGUUUGAAUGGUUGUUCUUACAUUUUAUCUAUUCCGUAUCGGUCUCUCUGUUAUUUUCUAUUGACACUUGUGUCCUGAGACAGGCAGGCUUUGGUGGCCUCCAGAGACAAGAAUUAAAGCUCACAGGUAAUUUGAUCAUCAGCAGUUAGAGUGUGUUUGGCCUCUUCUGCUCUUAGCUACUUCUCUGUGUGCUUGCCUGGAAACUACCCUGGGGUCAUGGCAGAGGUGUGUGUUCUAAACACCUGAUCAGGAUACAUGAGUGAGUGUUGUCUCCUUUAAACAAAUCAAGGACAUCUCUUGUCCCAGUUCUUAUGGGGGACUUGAGCCUACUUGACAUUUUCUGGAAUGCAGGGUGUUGGGAUGCAGGUAAUUUUGAUUCCUGGGUGGAGGUGGGGUGACUUCUUUGUCCAGUUCCUGGAAGAAGAAAAAGAAGAAAAAAUAAUUAAUGUGCCGGAGAUUGAGGCUUAACCAGGGUACAAGGUGAACUGUACAUUACCUUGGCAUGUAUAUAUACUACUAGGAAAGCUGCAGCUCACCUAGAGUGACACUUGCCAAGGACAUCAAGGGUCAGAAGAAGCUUUCCUAAGACUACACUAGCAUUAAAUAAAAAUAAGAAAAAGUGUAUCCUUUCACUGAAUGGGGUAGGUGUUUUUAGUGACAGCAGCUACACAUGAAGCUGAAGUACUCACGGUUUUUUUGCCUCGAUGUUCAUCAACAAGACGCUGUGUUCAUUUCUGUAAUCUGGCCCAUCCCACCCUCUGCUCACAGGUGAACAGUUAUGCGCAUAUUCA